GAACUCACCGAUUGAUUAAGUUGGAAGAACACAGCAAACUUGGUAAAAAGCAGCUUCGUGAAAACGGCUUCAGGAGAACCUGAACCCUCGUGGACCCAAGCUCCUGGAAAUGGGAUCAGCAACAAUUUGGGGAUUGAGGUUUGAAUGGAUUUCUGUCGAGGCUAAGAGCUACACUCACAACUUCGUCUUCAGCUCCUCAUUCGGCCGUCGAAUUCCCCAAUUCCGUCGGAGAAAUGGGACGUCCUUAUUAUGCGACACAAGCCGACGACACCUUUGGCUAAAACCUAAAGCCUUGGACGCAACGGCGAUUUCCCGCACAGAGCCUAGGGAGCAGCAUUAUUAUGUAACUGAUUGUUGCUUUGCCAAAAUUCAUCAUCUUGUUAGAUCUCCCCCUCCCUUCCUGACGAAUUCAACUCCAAGCAAGUUUUGGAUUUUGUUAUGUGUUGCCGUUGUUGUUCUGGUGACGGCCGUCCGAGCGUUUGUAGUGAGGAAAUCAAGAUACAAGCGCCCUGGUUCCGUUGCUGAUCUCGUGAGACGUGGCCAACUUAGAUACGAUUCAAGAGGCAUAUCAAGGCCUCUCAAGUAUGAAGACCCAUUCAAUAACCCCUUAGUAAAGGUUAGCAAAAGCAAGUCAACCGUGGAGAUUUGUGGAAAGCUUUACCGCUUAGCCCCAGUGACUCUUACUGAAGAGCAACAAGCCAUUCACCAGAGAAGGAGAUCACGGGCCUACCGCUGGAAGCGACCUACUAUGUUCCUUAAAGAAGGAGACUCGCUACCUCCCGAUGCUGAUCCUGAUUCUAUCAGGUGGAUUCCCGCUAAUCAUCCUUUUGCAACUACUGCUGCUGAUAUCGAUGAGAACUUGGCGCAAAACAACGUCUACCAGAAGCAUGGAGUUCCUUUACGUAUUAAAGCCGAGCACGAAGCCCUCCACAGAAAGCUUGAAGCCCUAGAAAAUGAACAAACACUCAACAGAUUGAUGAUAGAUCCUGCCGAUGGUCAAGAUUUUGAGAGAACAUUGAAGUCCCAUGCGAAAUCGAAUGCCCAAGCAGAGAAGACCUCCAUUAACAAUCAGGUGAGUGACCCAGAUAAAGUUGAGAGCUCAUCAGCGUUUGAGGAAAAGCCGGGUCUUUAAUUGCCUUACCGCUCAUCUGCCAGAAACCUUUAAUAGAAAGCUGCUUGGAGUGAAGUAGUGAAUCUCCACUUAGCAUAUAUGAAUUUGAAUUGGCUCCAAAAUUUUGCGAUGUUGUUCUGGUAGCCUUAGGAAAUGCGAAUUGUAUAGGCGAUAGCUGUAGAUACUAAAUGUAAUUCCAUGGAUUUCAUGUUGUCAAAUCUUUUACUUUAUGCGGAUUGCAACUUAUGUUACUUAAGAAACUGUAUGGGCACUCGGCUUCCAACUUCUGCAACCAUUGCAUCCUCGCCACUGACAUAUUGGUUAAUAAACCAACCAUGGGCAGAGGUUUUGGAAUAUGCUUAGUUGCAAAGAUGAUGAAAGAUUGAUUUUGAUUUUCGAAUA